AUGAGCGUCCAUGUGAAAGCUUUAUGUCGUGCCGGCUGUGGAGAUCUCGGUGAUCCGGAGCUCGAUUAUCUCUGCGUUGACUGUCAUGGAGACCAGAUUGAGCUCCGCCAGCAGGAGGAAUUCAGCAAAUACAUGGCCAAAGAAGCUCACACAACGUCUCAUGGGAAAGAUGACAUGCCACCUUCGCCUGUGAGGAAGCAUCGAGGGCCUCGACCUGUGGAUCAUGCCAAAGCACUCGAAGAUUUCUUGCAUCAGCAUCGUGAACAGAAUCCCACUGCCGCUGCUGGUGAACUGACGAUAUUGAAGCGGGAGAUUGCAAUACGAGAAACCAGCAAGAAACAACUGCGGAAAUACAUGAUUGCGACAGAUGAAGAGGCGCAAGUGGAUCCUAAGGAGUGGGUGCGGUAUGAGUUAGGUCCACCUCAACGAGUCCCGACACACGAUGUGGAGGAGGCUGUCGAGCUUGCGGCUCAGUUGAAGCUGUUCUGUCGCUGGAGAAAGAAGGUAGUGCAAAAGCGAAUUGAGGCUCGACGCCAGCAGCUCGAAGCAGAACGCCUUGCGCAGAAGAAACAGAAGAAGAAAGGGAUCCGUGCUCCUUUACUGUCGUUUAAAACAUUGAGGGGAUCAUCGAAGACAGCAGUGGUGCAUGCGUCGCCUACUAAGCAAGCUUCGGGGACUGGAGCUACGUUCGUCUAG